AUGGACGCGGAUCCGAGCCCCCCCGUGGCCGCUGCAGCAGCAGCAGCAGCAGGAGCUGCAGGAGCUGCAGCAGCAGCAGCGCCGCUCUCCAGCGACGGCGUGAAAGUCACUGCUUCCGGGCUCACGAAGCAGCAGCAGCAGCGAGUUGCUGCACACAGCCACAUCCGCUCGCUGGGGCUGGCAGCAGAUGGCUCCGCGCUGCAGCAGGCGGGGGGCAUGGUGGGCCAGCUGGAGGCGCGGGAGGCCGCGGGGAUCAUAGUGGACUUGAUAAAGGCGCGAAAGCUGGCGGCUGCAGCAACGCCGCAGCUGCAACAGCAGUUGCUGCAGCAACGCUGCAGCUGCAGCAACGCUGCAACUGCAGCAACAACGGUGCAGCUACAGCAACGCUGCAGCUGCAGCAACGGCUUUGCUGCAGCAACACUGCAGCCGCAGGAAAGCUGCAGCGUUGCUGCAGGAAAGCUGCAGCAACGCUGCAGCGUUGCUGCAGCACUGUUGCAGCGCCAGGCGCUGCUGCUGGCUGGCCCCGUGAGCUCCGGGAAGACGGCGCUGGCGAUGGGGAUCUGCGGGCAGUUGGGGGCGGGAGUGCCGUUUGUGCCGCUCUCGGCCUCUGCGGUGUUCAGCAGCGAAGUCAAAAAGACAGAAGUGCUGCUCGAGCACUGCAGAAGAGCCCUCGGCCUUCGCAUUCGCGAAGUCAAGGAAGUCUUCGAGGGCGAAGUUGUCCAGCUCGCUGCAGAGGAGGCCGAGAACCCCCACGGCGGCUUCGGCAAAUGCAUCAGCGCCGUAAUGCUGACACUCAAAACGGUCAAGGGAAUGAAAACCCUCCGGCUGGCCCCCCAGCUUCACGACUCGCUGCAGAAGGAGAAAGUGCGAGUCGGAGAUGUGGUAUUUAUUGAGGCCAACACGGGAAUCGUGAAACGCGUCGGCCGCAGCGACGCCUACGCCACGGAAUUCGACCUCGAGGCCGAAGACUUCGUGCCAGUGCCCAAGGGACAUGUAGAAAAAAAGAAAGAAGUUGUGCAAACUGUUUCUCUUCAUGAUCUAGACGUGGCCAAUGCAAAGCCUCAGGGAGGUACCGAUGUCUUGUCCAUGAUGGGCGCGUACAUGAAACCCCGCAAAACUGAAAUUACGGAGAGACUGCGAGAGGAAAUAAACAAAACUGUCAACAAAUAUAUUGAGCAGGGCGUGGCGCAGCUGAUUCCGGGCGUUUUGUUCAUAGACGAAGUUCAUAUGCUGGACAUUGAAUGUUUCUCCUUCCUCAACCGCGUCUUGGAGUCUCCCAUGAGUCCCAUUAUCGUGUUUGCUACAAACCGUGGUGUCAGCACAGUUCGCGGGACAGAUUCUGUAGAGCCCCACGGCAUGCCUGUGGAUCUUCUAGAUCGGCUUUUGAUAAUAAAGACGCAGCCGUACACAGUUUCAGAAGUGGUCCAGGUGAUCCAGCUGCGCGCAGCGGUGGAACGCGUGAACUUGUCGCCAAGUGCUUUAGAAGCCCUCGGCGAAAUCGGCGCGCAGACUUCGCUGCGCUUCGCGCUGCAGCUGCUGGAGCCCUGCAGGCUGGCAGCAGAGGCGCGGGGCUCCGAAGUAGUGGAGCCAAACGACGUGGCAGAUGUGGACUCCCUCUAUCUCGACGCGAAGGCCUCAGCAGUGCGGCUGGCCGAGCAGCGCCACCGCUUUCCUUCUUGA